GUCGUGGAAGAGGUAGAGGCCGAGGUGGAGGAGAGCGUGGACGUGGUGGGAGAGGUGGUGGCAGAGAAAGAGAUGGGGAUAGGGGUUUCGGAUCUGGGGAGAAUGGAUUCGACAAGCAGAAAGGGGAAAGUGGUGAAGAAGUCAAAAGAGAAAUUUAUAUUCCUCCCGAAAGAACAACUGAUGAGGAACUAUUUACCAGUACGAUAUGUUCUGGUAUUAACUUCAUCAAAUUAGAUGAAAUAGAAGUGAACGUAUCUGGUGAAGAUGUCCCACCACCACUAGCAUCAUUUCAACAAUCUGGUUUGCGGCCACAUCUACUUGAAAACAUAAAAAAAUCUGGAUAUGACAAACCAACACCAAUUCAAAAAUAUGCAAUACCUAUCAUAAUGAAAGGAAGAGAUCUGAUGGGCUGUGCACAGACUGGUUCUGGCAAAACUGCUGCAUUUUUAUUGCCAAUGAUUAACCAGCUUCUAAGUAGUCAAGAAGCACCAGUAACUGAUGGAAAUUGCUGUCAACCAAAAGUUGUGAUUGUAUCGCCAACGAGGGAAUUAGCUAUUCAAAUUUUUGAACAAGCUAAAAAAUUUGCCUAUAAUUCUAUCGUCAAAACUGUCGUCGCAUAUGGAGGAACCUCUGUGAAUCAUCAAAAAAAUCAUGUACUGAUGGGAUGUCAUAUUUUAGUUGCUACUCCUGGAAGGUUGAAUGAUUUUGUGAAACGGGGUCACAUAUCGUUUGCAUCAAUUCAAUAUUUUGUAUUAGAUGAAGCUGACAGAAUGUUGGAUAUGGGUUUUCUUCCGACUGUAGAACAAAUGUUGAGUGACAGUUCCAUGAGAGCAACUGGUGAACGACAAACUCUUAUGUUUUCUGCUACAUUCCCAGAACAAAUUCAACAUCUUGCAGGGAAAUUUUUACACAACUAUAUAUUUAUUGCUGUUGGAAUUGUUGGGAGUGCAUCAACUGAUGUGCAACAAAUCUUCCAUCAAGUUAGUAAAUUUGACAAAAGGGACAAACUCCUUAGCAUGCUUCAGGAAGGUCGAAAUGAACGGACAGUCGUGUUUGUCGAAACCAAAAGAACUGCAGAUUUUCUUGCUACUCUCUUGAGUGAAAAUGACAUAAAGACCACCAGUAUUCAUGGUGACCGUCUACAAAGAGAACGAGAGCAGGCACUCUGGGAUUUUAAAAAAGGAAUAUGUAAUAUUCUUGUGGCUACUGGAGUAGCUGCCAGAGGACUUGAUAUUGAAGGAAUCCAACAUGUCAUAAAUUAUGAUUUACCAAAUAGUAUUGAUGAAUAUGUUCAUCGAAUUGGUCGUACUGGUAGGGUUGGAAAUCGAGGUAAAGCAACUAGCUUUUUUGAUUCAGCCCAUGACACCAACAUAGCUGGAGAUUUAGGAAAAAUUUUAAAACAAGCUGGUCAAGAUGUGCCAGACUGGCUUGCCAAUGGAUGUUUCUCAUCAGGAGGGAAUAAUGAUUCAUUUGGAGGCAGAGAUAUAAGAGGGAAUGAUUUUGGAAAGGCCCAGAAUUACAAUACUCAGCCAGCUGAAGAAACUGAGGAAGAUUGGUGAACGUCGAACAAUAUUUUGAUGAUCAGAUCAUCAAGCAAAGAGUUGAGAUUUUAUUUGUUGUCUAUCGUUGAAUGGUACCUGUUAGAUCACGGCAAAUGUUAGUUAAUUUAAACUUUUAUGACUUUUAGUUGACCAAAAUAUUGCGAUUAAAUUAAACGCUUAGUUUUAAUGUUUUCUAUUCAGUGUUAGAAUUUUCAUUUGUUUUUUCUACUUUAAGCCGUAUAACUGACAUGUGAUACUAUUUUUAGUGAAAACUAGAAGUUAUAUGGUUGGUUCGGAAAAUAUUGAUUUCAUUGAAAAAGACAUUACAUUUUCUAUUUUAUGAUGAAUAUAUUUUUUAUAUUUA